CUAGAGCGUCAAUGAAAACGUGCAUCUCCGCGAAUAUGCACGGAUCAACCGGGAGAUCGCUGCUCAUUACCUCGACGGAGCUGGGGGAGAUACGAGUGCAGCUGGAUCGCAGUCGUACGGUGUUCUUCCUGGGCUACUUGAAUAAUCAUUGAACUCAUCAUGACUAUACCCACGGAACUCAUCAAUCGCACGCUCUGGCGGCGACGGUCAUGGGACGUGCUGAAGAUGCGUUAUGCGCAGACGAGGCAUCAUAAGACGACGAUCGCAACGACACCAGGACGCCAUGAAGCAGCCCGGGUACCUCCAGGCUGGCCCGAAUGGUCACGAAUGUCGCCUCAGGGUUUCUCCUGCGCUCUGGAAUCCAUCACCCAACUUGUACGACCCCAGGUGCAUAUCCUAACACGGGGGGACUGGUAUACAGUCUACCGCUCGUCGAAGGCUAGCAGACGUGCUGCGGCUACCCAGAGCUGGGUGCCUGUCCCAAAGCCGACACCUUUGGACCGUACAUGGUUCACCUGCGCCCUCCUGAUGUGCCCCCCCCUGCGUCAAUACACCGCCCUCUGGUCAUUGUUUUACGCCCCUUCUUCGCCGGGGCACUCUACGCGUGCGACGUCCACCGCGCCUUCCGUCGUCAUCGCAUAUUCCCUCCGUGAAACAGACACCUCGAACAUCCGUGGCUCCACCGCAACGCCCUCCUUUGAUUGAAUAAAGGGAUCGCCAUGUGAACCCCGCAGCGAGGUAUAAGUGAGAGCUCUCGU